AUGUCUGUUGAUUUCAAGCGCUUUCUCAUUUCCGUUCUCUUGCCUUCUAUUUUCACAGCAGCUACAUGUUCUCCAGAAGUCUGCAUCGCAGACCAGUGUCGCAAUUUGGAGUUUGGGCCUGAGAAAGCAUUUGAAGGGAAACGCCUCGUAAACCACACAAUUCGCACCGUGGAAAUAACAGUUUCCAGGUUCUGUGAAAACUUGUGUUAUAUGGAGCCCGACUGCGUCAGCAUUAAUCUUUAUACACGGGGAGAUGGAAAUGGAAACUAUAAAUGUGAACUGAACAAUGCUACUCAUGAAGGACACGAAGGAAAGUUGAUAGAAGAAGAGAUGUAUUCUUAUCACGCAGCUGAGAGCAAUUGUGUACAAAAUCCUUGUAAGAACAAUGCUACUUGUCAGAGCGGAUUUACUAAGAAAGGUUAUCGGUGUCUUUGUACCGCUGGAUUUGAAGGUCCGAUUUGCGAAAGAGACAUCAACGAAUGUGUUCGCGGGCUACACAAAUGCAGCUCUGGUGCGUUUUGCAACAAUACCAAAGGUUCAUACAAUUGCACAUGCAAACAUGGAUUCACGGGAAAUGGACGAGAAUGUAAAGACAUCGAUGAGUGUGUCGAAGGGUCACACUCAUGCAGCCCUGAUGCCUAUUGCAACAACACCAAAGGGUCUUACAACUGUACAUGUAAACCUGGAUUCACUGGGAGUGGAGGAAAAUGCAAGGAAGCUACCUCGUGUAAAGAAAUUCAUGAAAUCAAAAGAUCCAGUGUGAGUAGUGUGGUUACCUUUCUUGUUGACUCCCAACCGUUGUCCGUUUUUUGCCACAUGGGAAAUUUUGGGUGCGGAGAUGGAGGAUGGACGCCAGUUAUGAAGAUUGACGGCACAAAGACCACAUUCCAUUAUGACUCGCAGUAUUGGAGCAAUUACGAUGAAUACAACCUCCCCGGUGGAGAGACUGGGUUUGACGAACGGGAAACAAAGCUACCCAUCUACUGGAACACCUCCUUCUCCAAAAUAUGUCUCGGAAUGAAGAUCGACGAACAGCUCAGGUUCAUCGUCAUCAAACAGGAAGCUGACUCUCUGUACUCACUGAUCGCUGAUGAGCAAUACCGGCACACCUUACUGGGUCGUGACGGGUGGAAAGAGUUGAUUGGCAGCCAGGCCUCAUUACAGAAAAACUGCAACAAGGAAGGAUUCAAUGCCAUUAGCGGUCGAAGUGAUCGUUCUAAAGUUAGAAUUGGUAUUGUUAGCAAUGAGCAGGACGACUGUGAUUCAUGCAACUCUUUGAUUGGAUUUGGUACAGGAAGUCACCCUAACGAUGCAAAAUCUUGCGGAAAUGAGGCAGACGUUUAUGAUUCAGAUAACGAACAGAAGAGUAUCAAAGCCAUGGGGUACAUAUUGGUGCAAUAAAACUACACUUUGUUUCUCAAUUCCAUAAACCACGUUUCUUUCACCCU